AUGGAUCCAUUUAGACCACAUGUUAGAACUGUUGAAACAAGAUCUCGACGUCGUCCUCGUUUUCUCACUUCCUGUCAACGUUACUACAUAACUAAAAAUCAGUCACAGGCUUCUCAAAAACCAAAAAAACUCUUCUCUUCCCCUCCUGCCCCGCAGCCCGCCGCCGCCAGCGGCAAGCCUAGCACUCCCAGUCGCCGUUCUUCCCCUCCCAGCGACCACUCUUCCCCUCCCCCGCGUCCGCUCCCCCCUUCAUCCCGUCGCCAGUCUGCCACUCACAGACAGCCGCCGUGGGCUUCCCGUCGCCACUCACGGCCGCGCGCCAUCGGGAUCCUGCCGGCGCUCUUCCCCUCCACCGGCGUUCUUUCCAUCCCACUGCCGCUACUUCCCCUGCCCCACCGCCACUCACAGCCGCUGCUCUCUGACUCUUUCCCCCUUCCCGCGCCAUUCUUCUCAGCCCCAGACUCCCCGCGCUGGAACGACUGGACGCCAGCGACUUCUAUCCGGCAGCUUGCUGGAAGCCUGGAACGACUGGACGCCGGCGACCUCACCUGCCGGGCCGAAGCUCGCACCUCCAAGACGACGCCUCUAGCACCGAAGCUCCAUUCAGCUUCAGUCUGCUGCGAAUCUGACGAGGCAACGGUUUUUAAGCUAGUGCGACAAGUUCGGGGGACUUUCAGGCCAUCAAAGAACAAUACAUGAAUGUUCAGUUGCAGUCAUAGGCAAACAACAUCAGAGUUGAAAACUUUGGCAUAAGACUAUCUACCCUGAAUCUCUUCAUAUGAUCUGAUUGAAGUUGUGAGGUGAACUGACAAAGUAUGGCUUCGUUCAAUGCUAAUUUAACAUUUAGAUAUAUAUGUAAGCUUUACAUCAGUUCGUGCAAAUAACAAGUUUCAUAAUCAUGGAGAAGUAGGCCCUUGAUUGAUUA